UGUGUCUGUCUUCUACGGCGCCUCUCCGGCGAGCAAGACCGGUGCGACAGGGCCCAACGACCGCCGAGCCAGGGCUGCCGCACGCUGAUAUCUGGACGGGAACGGAUCGCCCGGGCUGCCCACUGGCUGCUCAGUCGUUACCAGAGUGACCCUCACUGUCACAUGAGAAAAGGGACAGACUGAGACUGUCUGCCUGUCUGUCCGCACUCGCAGCUCUCUCACUCACCGUUCUGACGGUCGUCAGGUCUGAAACGGAAUCGGACCCAGGCUAUGAAGGGGUCGUUGAAUGCCGUCAGCAGAUGAGUCUGAUAUACAUUUCCAUCGCCCCCUUCCGACCCCUCGACAGCUGAGCAUCCGUCCAGUGGUGUGUGGGGCGACUGCGUCAGCACGCCGUCCAAAUAGCCGCCCCUCACGCUACUGCACACACAGACAGACAGCGAUCCACCGCCACGUCCGAUGUGUGCCCCUGGAAUACCUACCCAUCGAUGUCCAUGCGCAUGGUGUGGACGGGGGGACCGCUCCAGUAGUAAUGGUAGAUGAUCAUCUCCACGAUGAAGGCGCUCAUCGACACCUGAGUGCACUCACUUGGGCCUGCCGUCCAGCUGCCGCCGUCCUCGGCUUCUUCGUCGAAGGAGACGGCAAACUGGACGGGCGGGUCAUCGUGCUUGAUGUGCUGCUGGAAGGGGUGCUGCUGCAAGGGGUGCACGGCAGUGGUGGGCAGGGGCGGGUUGAGGGUGAGGGCGAACUCAGGCUCGUCGCGGAUUGCGCGGAUCUCGUUGGUGGCGGGGUCGCGGAAGAGCUCGAAGGUACCGUCCUGCUAGCCAUUGGCACGACGGAAGGCCACGUGCCGACUGACGAUCAUCCACUGGGCUGUCACACGGGGCAUCGACAAAUAGGCCUGACACACAGGAGCACACGACGAUGGAUGCACCGCACCUUAUUCUCCCCCUGUUGUGUGAGGUGAGAUGCUCCCUUACCGUCUUGGUGUCGUGCUUCUGCAGGUCAACAGCGUCGAUGGUGAUGGGCAGUUGGCAGUAGCCACACUGACCCGCCACCCGCAGCCCCUUUCCCACCUCUCCCCAGCUGCCGCCCUCCUCCAUCAGCCACAGCGCCUCCAUCUCACCACCGUCGCCCAGCUGAGGCGCAAACCGCACCACGCCCGUCAGACCCGCCUUGUCCACGGCGACGGUCAGUCGGCGACGAAGGGCCAUCUUGACGUGAUCGUUGACGAGUCGUGCAGUCGUCUUGAGGCGGCCGACAGACUGCAGGUCUGUCGAUGUCUGCAGACGAGCCAUGGCGUCGGCCGAGAGGUCAUCUAACUUGGCCUGACCAUAGCAGACAGAAACAGCGCAUCCGCUCAAAAUUGUAUCGGUUGGUAUGCUCACUGACCGAUGCAUCAGUGCGUGACUGAGGGAAGGUGGCCGCCUUGACGAGGGCCUUGAGCGAGGCCCUCAACUUGGCGUACUGAUGCAACGCAGCUAUCAUGUGGAGUGAACAAUCCUGCAGCCAUGCAUUAAUGACACACACAUCCAUACAAACAGACAGACAGACGUCGUUAACGCCACCGGUGGCGUGCGAAUUCUCUUCUCGUUGUCCCAAUGUCGGGCAGUGAGUGCUCUCUUCUGGAGGACAUACGUGCGAUGAGAGAUCUACUGCGUCCAGUGCGGACAAGCGGUACAUCAGGCAGCUGAUCUGCAAGGAGCGACACACACGAGGAGAGAAGAGGAAGGCAUCGUUUGGCUGUCAGUGCGUCAGUCCCAUGUACCUCCGAGUGUUCCUGCUCCAGACCAGACAUGCUGAUGGCCGUCUGCGGCAAAUCCACGGGGAAUUGCUGCGCCAU